UGGAAGAUGUCCACAUUGGAAAAAGUGGUAAAUUGGCAGUAAUCAUGGAAUUAUCAAAAUACACCAACACCACCAGGUUAAAUGAAUUUAUAUUAGAGGGCUUUUCUACAAGGUUUGAUUUAGCAAUCGUGUUAUUUCUAUUCCUUGUAUUUAUUUAUCUUUUUACCAUUUUGGGGAAUACAGGUAUAAUGUUCAUUGUUUAUCAUAAUUCCCAGUUGCACACGCCCAUGUACUUCUUUAUUUGCAGCCUAUCAUUUUUAGAUCUCUGCUACUCUUCAGAUAUUGUUCCAAAAAUGAUAGUUGAUCUCCUUUCAGAGAAGAAGACUAUCUCCUACUUCGGUUGUGCUGUUCAACUCUUUUUCUUCUGUGCCCUUGGGAGCAGUGAGUGCUCUCUUUUCGCUGUAAUGGCCUACGAUCGCCAUGUUGCAAUCUGCAACCCAUUAAACUACAACUUGGUAAUGCAGCAAAGAACAUGUUGGCUACUAAUGCUUGGAGUUUAUACUAUUGGUUUCUUGCACUCGAUAAUUGAGACAUGUUGCACAUUCAGUCUCUCAUUCUGCUCCUCAAACAUCCUCCAUCACUUUGCCUGUGAUUUCCCUCCUUUGUUAAGAAUCUCUUGUUCAGACACGACUAUUAAUGAAUUUAUCCUGUUUAUCUUUACAUCAUCUAUUAUAAUGCCUGCUACGUUGGUUAUUCUUGUGUCCUACUUGUCCAUUUUCCUGGCCAUUUUAAAGAUAAACUUCUCAGGAAGAAAAAAGGCUUUUUCAACAUGUGUUUCUCAUAUGACCUCGGUUACCUUGUUCUUUGGAACAGGCCUCUAUGUUUAUCUGAGUCCUAGAUCCAAUUAUUCCACCAGAGAUGGAAUUGUGGCUACAUUUGUUUAUGCAGUGAUAAUACCUAUGUCAAAUCCUGUAAUUUAUAGUAUUAGAAAUAAAGAGAUCAAAACUGCAUUGCAAGCAAUAUUCCUCAGUAGGGUCAAAUGGAGGAUUUAG